AUGAAAGCAAAUGGGAACAAAAUUGAAUCAGAGGAAGAACCCAUAAGGGCGCUUGUGCAUGAGAUCGGCAAACGACUCGCGCGAAACGAAGAUGAAAUCGAACGUGCUACUCAAUUGCUCGAUGACCAUUGGAUAGGGACGCUUGCCGACUGGUCGCGCCUCAGCCUCGACCACAGGAAGGAAGUGGGUCUGCCCCUCCUUCUCUCCUCGUCUCUGGACGAGCUCGUGCUGGAUCGCGAGCGGGAGACCAAUACACAUAAACGAACCCCUGCCUCUCUUCGUUCUCUACCUACCUGCGCCAGCGGUGAGGACACCAACACCAUGCUUGUGGCCUACUGUCUGGACCUGGGCUCCACGGUUUGCUGCGAAGUGGAGGGUCUCAUGUUUGAGUUCGAGCCUGCUGAGCCACUCAGCAAGUUGCUGCGUCACCUGGGUCAGGAUGCGCGCUGCUUCGCUGACGAGCAGCGAUCACGGCAGCUCCAGCCCUCCACAUCCGUCAAGCGCGCACUCAGCCCGGGCCGCGUGCUUGUGGCUGCCCCGCACAGGCACUACCUCCUAAAGCCCUACGGCAGCGGCAAAGCUGUCGAUGAAUGGCUGGCGAGUCUGGGCAUGGACCACCACCGAGCGGCGUUCGAACGCAGCGGCGUGGACGACUUUUUGGUGUUGCCCUACCUCCGCCCAAACAUCCUCGAGGACAUCGGAGUCGCCUCGGCGAACGAUCGCAACGCUAUUAUGCGCGCAGUCAAGCGGCUGCAGGACCUCAACGAGUUUCAGUUCGUGGGCCUAUGGCUGCGAUACCUGGGGUUGGGCGUGUACGAAGAGGCGUUCAUGAAGCACAGGGUGGGCCUACGCACGAUCGCGGUGCUCAGGGAAAGCGACUUUGUGCAUAUGGGCCUCAACCCUACCCGCACUGCCCACUUCUUCCACGCCACCAAGUACUACCGCGAGUUCUCCUCUGCCGAAGCGACCUUCGCCUGGCUGCAAUGGAGUGGCCUGGAACGAUACGCCUACCAGUUUGCGCGAUAUGAGGUGCCGUUCUACGCCCUGCCGCUGGUCAACUUCUUCAUCAUCGACGAGAUGGGGGUCACCAAUCAAGACAAGGAGCUCCUCUCCGCCCUCCAGUCCCUCGAGUUCUCACCCUCGUACGCUGUCAAAGCCAUGGCCUAUUGGCUGAGAGACCUGGAGCUGGACGAGUACGCGCUGGUCUUCUCCAAGAACCUCAUGGUGGACUUCAUCGAGUCGCUCACCAUCCUCAACGAUCACACCAUCAAUCGCUUGAUCGACUGCAACGCCGCUCGAGAGAAGAUGAAGAUUGCCGUCCGUGAAAUGAAGGAGGUGCAGUUCUACUAUUCUGCGUCAGAGUCGCUGCUGCAGGAUCUGGUCCUGCAGAAAUAUGCCGAUGUGUUUGCCAAGCACAACAUCUCCAUCGACAGCCUUCCCCUGCUCGACGACAGCGGCCUGCUUGAGGUAUAA